AUGAAGGGUCAAGCCGUGGAGUUUACGUUUUUUCUUCUGGUCGAUUUAGCUGUGUGUCUUGCCCCACAGCCUUCUCAAAGGAUGUAUCAUGACUCACUGAUCCGUGGGAUGUCAGGUCGCUCCGACGGCUCCAAACGCGCCGCACAGCCCAGCAGGCUGCCCCUCUACAUGAUGCAGCUGUAUCAAACCAUGCUGACCGACGACCGGGCCAGAGCUCCUGCAGCCAGGGAAGACCCCAGACUCCAUGACUCCGAUUCUGUCAUCAGCCUAGUUGCUAAGAGUUGCCAGCAGAGCGGCAAGAGGUGGUCCAUCUCCUUUGAUAUAUCUUCUAUGUCUGCUAGUGACAACAUCCAACUAGCAGAACUUCGCAUCCGCCUACCUGCUUUCACUGAUUCUUCCAGCGUCUUAGUGGACAUCUACCACUCCAGCAGAGACCAGUGCUCCAGCACCCGCUGCCCAGAGAACAAGCUUCUUCUGGGUCAUCUGAGAGCUCAUCCCAGUUCCAUGGUCUCACCUUCCUCUUGGAAAGUGUUCAACAUGACAGAGAUGCUCCUUCGCUUUCUGCAAGAACACCCAACAAACAGGAUGGAGGAGGAUGACGCCAAGGUGAAGAAGGAGCAAGAGGGAAUCCAGCAUCCCACUGCUGACAGGGUCAUGAUGGUGGUUUUCUCAAGGCAGAACUCAAGCAGCCAGCGAAAGCCAACGCUGAUCCGAACUGCGGGGCAUUCUAAGUAUGUUAGCCUGGACAGGGAGCGAGUGAUGCCCACAUCCAGCACAAGGAGAAGCAGAGAGAAGAGGCACCGCCACACUCAGCAGAGACGAAGAAAAGCCAGGGCUGUCCCUCUGUGCAGGAAAGUGGACAUGUGGGUGGACUUUAAGAAGCUCAACUGGAGUGAGUGGAUUGUCUAUCCUAAACGAUACAAUGCUUAUCGCUGUGAAGGGAGCUGUCCUACACCAGUAGACGAGACCUUUAACCCUACAAACCAUGCAUACAUGCAGAGCCUGUUGAAGCUUCAUCACAGAGACAAAGUGCCAUGUGUUUCCUGCGUGCCCACACGCCUGGCUCCACUUUCAAUGUUGUACUACGAGAAUGGGAAGAUGGUGAUGAGACAUCAUGAGAAUAUGGUGGUGGAGGAGUGUGGCUGCCACUGA